AUGUCUCAAGCCUCAGAGACCCAUUCUCCGGCCUCGUUGGCUCCCGCGGCCGAAAUCCUCAUCCCCAGCACGCCCCCGCGGCGAUCCAUUCUUUCAGCAUCUCCAGACUUACAACCGGUGCUGGACCGAAAUGGUAGCUUAUCAGACAAAAAUGGUGGCUUUUGCUCGCCGCAACCCGCAUCGUCAUCUGAAAUGACGCCACCUCCUUCAUCUCAGACUCGUGCGCCUCUGCGCCGGCGUUCUAGAUCUCGUUCUGGAUCCCACGUGGUGAUUCCCGCUUCUCCCCCCAGCGCGUCAUUGGAAAAGUCACUUUAUGCUGCUUACGGCGCCGCUGAGAAUCUGCCUACGACCGAAGACAUUGAGGCUGCGAGUGAAGCCCAGCUUCGAACUAUAGCUAAGGAUCUACUGUCGAUAGCUCAGGAAGCUCGCAUGUCCGCCCUACACUUCAAGUUACAGAAUAGUCUCUUAUCCUUCACCAGUAACGAAGCUAUCAAACGAGCCGAAGUUGAACAGCAGCUUGCUCGAAGAGAAGUGGAGAUAUUACAGAGCGCAGAGUAUCAAAAUCGCCGUGCUAUAUCAAACUCCCGAACCUCUCAAUUUUCCGCCAGUCCAGAGUCAGAUCAUCCACUGAAGCGGAUUGCUGAACUGGAGCGUACUAACGCAAAAUUGGAGGGGAGGUUGGUGAACGCGAAGAAGCUGAUUAAAGAAAAGAUCGAUGAAGGUAUUACCAAAAAUGAGUCUCUUACCGAAGAGAAUCGACUUCUCAAGAAGCGUAUCAGAGACAAUCGUGAGCAUCUGACGAGGUUUCUUGAUUCUGGUUCAUUGUCACCCACUUCUCGCCCUGAAUUCAACACGCCACAAAGAAAGUCUCAUGCCCGUGUCUUCGAUGGUGCCUGUACGCACUCGAAUGCUCGUGACGGGAGUCAUGAUGCCUUUGCUACUCUUCUAGCUGCCGAUCGCGUUUUACAUGGUGAAGCUACAAAUGUAUCCCCCGAGCGGAAUCGCCACUCAAGAAACGCCCAUGCAGGGUCCCAUAUUAGAGGAGCUCAUUCAAUGUCUUCUCUGCCAGUGACUCCUCAGCGCUCUAGAAACCUUCAUGAUCCCCAAUACAUUACCCCUGGCAGCAGACCUCCUCAGAACUUGGUUGGGAAAGACAUUCAUGAGCAAGAUCAAAGUCGACGCGACCGUGACAGCACUAUUUCUGCUUCAGAUGCGGAUGAAGCCGUUAGCGAUGAGGAUAUCCCAGCAUCUCAAGCUAGCUCUCUAGCCACUAAUAGGCUUCGCCGCGUACCAGAAACUCGCCAGGAUUCCGUCUCUUCCCAUCGCAGUAGUAUUGGAAAGUCCAGCACGCUACUCCAGACAAAACUUUUUGGGCAAGUGAGGAAACCCGGCGUUGACCGACCUAGUCCAGUCUCACAGAAACGAAAGGGUUCAUUUGAAGAGCAAGGGCACCCUGCAGUGAAGAAACCCAAAGACGUCGGAUUGGGCAUUACUAGUUGGAAGCUAUCCCCCGCAUAG